AUCCGGCAUCGGGACCAAGACAGACGACAUUUUACAUUGAUUUUUCACUCGCGAAUUUUUCCGUUCAUCGAUUGACAUUUUUUUCGUUCUCAGGGAUCAACAUCUUGGCAUUUGCCAGUCCCAAACUGAUAUUCGGUUUCAUUACUGUUUAUAGAGCAGUGCGAAUACGGUUGUUCCAAUAGUGAUUGGACUUUGCUCGGUGGUAGGAUCAAAAAAGCUCUAAAGUGUUUUGGAUAAAAUUAAGGACAUCAAGUGGGUAAAACACGGGCAGCAUGGAGCAGUUUGAACAACUGCUGACAUGCGCGAUAUGUCUUGAUCGAUACAGAAAUCCAAAAUUACUACCAUGCCAGCACAGCUUUUGCAUGGAACCAUGUAUGGACGGCCUGAUCGAUUAUGUUCGUCGUCAGGUCAAGUGUCCGGAAUGUCGUGCGGAACAUCGCAUACCUUAUCAGGGUGUGCAGGCAUUCCCUACAAAUGUGACACUACAACGUUUCCUGGAGCUUCACAUAGAAAUUACUGGGGAACUUCCAGAUCCAACAAGCGGCCAGACAAUGGAACGCUGUGGUGUCUGCUCGGAGAAAAGUUACUGUUCACUUUGUGUACAUUGUGAUAAGAAAUGCUGUCCAGAAUGCAAAGAUGCACAUAUGGAUAUUCUGAGACGUGAAAUUACGCGUAUAAAUUCCCAGGUCAGAAGAGGACUCCAUAGAUUGCAAGAUGCCCUUGCCCUAGUGGAAAAGAACACACUGGGUCUGCAAACAAAUUGUGCCUCAGUAACAGAAGAAGUCGACGAAAUUUAUCGAAGAUUGAGCAAAGCACUCAAAGAUCGCACAGAAUAUCUAAGAAAUGAGAUCGAACGUUACUCGGGCACCGAACUCCGGGGUUUGAUACAGCUCAAGGAGAAUCUGGAACUAGAAAUCGCCAACAUCCAGAGUAACUGUGAUCUAGCGGAUGCUCACAUCAACGAGAAUGUUGCGUGGGAUGAUGCUGAACUUCUGGACACAAAAGAAUUAUUCCUCCGCACUGUUGAGUUCAUCAGAAAUUUUGAGUACGAAGCUGGUGAUUAUGGCCGCAGAGUGCGGUUCGUCAUGCCACAUGAGCCCAACCAGUUGGUACUACACGUGGCUGGCUAUGGGGAACUGAACAUCAAGCAUGAAACCGGUAGCAACAGCCACUUGGGUACGGGAACUGGACUGGCACCACCGGGUAAUUCGCCCGGGUUGAUGAGGAGUAAAAGUGAUCAUCGUCUUGCUUCCCAGUACCGUCAACAGGAGGAGGAUCGACUGGCCAGGAACCGCUACGUUCCCGAUUACGAAUAUGACAAUGCCCCGGACUACGAAUCGCCUAGAAAUAAAUCGAGAUACCGAAGUCGCUUCAUGCGUCACCGAGACGGUGAAGAAUCAGAUGGAGAUUCAAGAUCAACAGUGCGCUUCACCCCUGCCGCUGCAGAAACAGGUCUUCGGGAGCGCGUCCUGGACACAGAGGACGCCGCGAGAGGUCCUCUAUCAGGAAUCUUCCGUCUAACCGAUUCCCCACGUGUCAUGAAGAAGUUGCAAGAGUGCGAGCGGGCGGGAAAACGCAAGAAAGAAGAAGUGACCGUUCCGCAACCGCAAACUCCAAAACCUCAAGUACAAGCCCGGAAACCUGCACCAAUAGUGACGAAACAGGCCAGUGAGGACGAUGAAAUAUCAAAAAUUAAGAAGCAGAAUAAGAACAGCAGUCUGUCCCACGUUGAAUCCCCCGAUGAACGUCAGUCAGUACCGACCGGGAUUAUCCACUCUUCAACACCAGAAGUUGAACAUGAGGUCGAGGAGCCUCCCAGAAGAACAUCGAUCACAAGAAGAACAUCAACGGAGCCGCACACCCAAAGUACAAGAAGUGCAUCCAGUGAGUCCAGCACUGGGUCAGAAAGCUCAGGGUCGGGUAUCUGUAAUACCGGUGCACCUUUCACGACCGAGGAAAUGAAACAAAAGUAUCUGGCACGAACACCACCAACGGCUACGUCUCCAUCCAACAUUAAUACGCAAACAGCCGCUAGUAGAGAAACACCUACUACUCCCACCAGCAGCCCAAGGCCGUUUCAAAGUCGUUUUUUAGGCGCAGGUAAUCGCGCAGCACCUCCACCACCAAUUCAAAUAACCCGUGAAGAAACCCCGAAGAAAAGAGAAGUUGAAGAAGAUAUCGAUGACGAGGAGACCAGCAGUUCCUCCGAGGAAACUGAAACUGAAACCGAGGAGGAGUCAGAACAAGAGACGCGGUCGAAUCCGACGAACGUAACACCUCCAUCUCAGAAGCAGCAGAGAAACGAAGCUGCUAUGGCUCGCACAGACAUCGGGCCACUUCUUGCUAGAAGCGCUGAAGCGAGACGCGGCAGCAAAGAGGAUUCUCCAUCCACCAGGUAUUCAUCGCCACGUGGCAGUCCGGCGCAUUCAACGUCGUCACCAACUGGUUUAACAACAUCAUCAUCACCCAGUGGCUACACGAGCAGAUUUCUGAAUAAAAGCAGAAGCCAAGCAGCCGUAGGAGCUUCACGGGAGCGGGAACGGGAGCGAGAGCGAGAACCGGAAGCCGAUGUGGAGCCACUGUCGCCACGUACCCGCUAUGCUGCCCUCAAGGAGAGGCGCCAGCGGGUGGCCCGAUCAAGGAGCUCCCACAAUUUCGCUAACGAUGAUCUCGAUCUUGAUGAAGAUCCACCGUCACCAACAACUCAAUCCCCGAACGCUUAUCUUGCGGCGAAAUACGGCGCUGGCUCAGAACUGGCUCGUAGUCGGAGUACGCACGCGUUAAAAUCACGCGAACCAAGUCCCGAUCGCGAUCGGGCCGGCGCGGAAAAAGAUGGCGCUGCGCUGAGUUCUUGGGCGCGUUAUCUCAAGAAUAAGUAUGGAAAUCGGAAUACUAAGGAUAAGGAGUCUACAUCUACUUCAUCAGUUCCUUCCUCCAGCACGAGCGCCGCAUCAAGAAGAUUGUCUCUCGGUUUACCCCUGAGACACGUCGGCCAGACAUCCUUCGAAUCCUCUGACGACGACCAAAAAAACCCGUCAGGCUCCCCCACGUCCCCUACAGCAGCUCAAGGUAUCCCCGCAGCAGCCGGUUCCUCAACUAGGAACCAGUACAUGCUGAAGCGGCGACAGCUGUUGAAAUUUGGGAUGCGGGGGAGCGGAGCCGGAUGUUUCACAUGGCCACGAGGUCUUGCCGUAGGUCCUGACAAUUCCAUCAUCGUGGCAGACAGUUCAAAUCAUCGCGUUCAGGUUUUCGAUUCUAACGGCAAGUUUAUCAACGAAUUUGGUGCUUACGGAAGUGGAGAAGGACAGUUUGACUGUCUGGCGGGUGUCGCAGUCAACAGAAUUGGACAGUUCAUCAUUGCUGAUCGUUACAAUCAUCGAAUCCAGGUGUUCGAUCCAUCUGGCCACUUCUUGAGAACUUUUGGAUCACAAGGCACUGCAGACGGACGCUUCAAUUAUCCUUGGGGCAUUACCACCGAUGCUUUAGGAUUUAUUUACGUUUGCGACAAGGAGAAUCAUCGUGUACAGGUAUUCCAAUCUGAUGGUACAUUUGUGGGUAAGUUUGGUACCUGUGGCAGUGGUAGAGGACAACUCGAGCAUCCUCAUUACAUAGCUGUGAGCAAUACAAAUCGUGUCAUUGUGAGUGACAGCAAUAAUCAUCGCAUUCAGAUAUUCGAUGUAGGGGGGAGGGUAUUGUCGGCAUUUGGAUCUGAAGGUACUGAGGAUGGUCAGUUCAAGUUUCCACGGGGUGUGGCAGUUGAUGAUCAGGGCUACAUCAUUGUAGCUGAUUCCGGCAACAAUCGCAUUCAAAUAUUCACACCUGAGGGUGGAUUUGUUCGGGCUUUUGGAAAUUGGGGCAGUGGGGAUGGUGAGUUCAAGGGACUCGAGGGUGUGGCGGUCACAUCGUCGGGAAAUAUUGUUGUAUGCGAUCGGGAAAAUCAUCGCGUUCAAAUAUUCUAAUCCUGAAAUUUCUCAGCCAGUGGCCAGCGAUUUUUUGUUUAUCAUGAUAAUGUACUAAUUCGGCUUUCUACUUUAAUGUAUUCAGUUGACAAAAUUAUGACAGAUUGUAUGGUUUAUUGGAUGAUGAGAAAUAAUAAAAAUACAUCGUUUGAGCUACUCCUAUGACUAUCAGUUUUCGGAUCGAUGGCAUGCAGUUGAAAAUCAUGAUUUACUGUACGAAACAUGGUAAGAGGAAGAAUUUGUACUGUUUGUAUGCUUUAAAUACAUUGUUGCGGGAGAAUAUGAACCGA